AUGGCCCCCGCUGUUCUGUCUCCUGCUCCAACAACGCCCAAUGUCGCCUUCCCACUCUCUCCUAGUAUCUUUUCAAAGUCUCGACGGACCUCGGGUUUCCUUGACAGCGAUAGCAUUUCCAAUCAUGGAAUGUCUCGCUCAGUCACUUCUCGACGGGUAUCUUCUCGAAAGUUUCAGUCAUUCGAAACCUCCAACAUUACCAAUGUUGUGCACUCUUUGAAGCGUCGCAGUGGCGAUGAAAUAGGAGCUACGGCGUCUUCAAAGCUCUUGAACGCGACUCAUGCGUCACUGAUUGAUUGGAUCAGGACUCAGCGCAUGAGCUUGCUUCCUCCCGAGGGUAGUAGCUAUGAUAAAGUGCUGGCUUGGGCCCAACUCUUCGUGGACAGACUGCAUUCCUUCGACUUGGCAAUCGAAGAGUUCGCAGGCGACAGCUAUCUCGCCGCCCAGCUCGCCUAUGGUUACUGCGCUUUGCUCCUCGAGCUUGGCAAAGGCAAUGAAAAUGCCUUGAUGACUUCAUUUGGAUUCUUCUAUAGCACCUCAACGGCACUGGUGAACCUUCUCGAGCGCAUUGAGCUAUUCAAUGUCACUCAGGAGAUUAGGGAGCAGCUCGUUCUGGCUUUGGCUGACCUUGUGACAUUGGUCGCCAGCGUCGCGACUUACUUUCAUCAGGCUAUCCGUCAAAUGACCGGCAAUUCAGCCACGGUCAACAUCUACAUGAAAUUCCCGGGACAGAUCCAAGCCUUUCGUCAACGUUGCGAGAAGAUUGCUGAGUCCAUGUGGAGACAUCAACUCCAGGAGAAAGGCCUUGAUGGAGCGAGAGUUUCUGACGUCAAGACCAUCCGUUCGUGGCUCGCGCCGGAGGACACCGUUCUUGCCAAUGUCGCCGAGACCACCUCUCACCUCGCUCAUGACCGCGAGGAAAUGACCUGUGUUUGGGUUGGUCCGCACCUCACGCGCUUCCUAAGAAACCGCAAGAAGAGAACCUUCGCCAUCACCGGGAAGUCAGGCUCUGGCAAGACUGUUUUGUCCUCGGUCAUUGUCGACCACCUGCAACACCCCAUCGGUGGCGUUAUGCACAAGACAUUGUACAUCCCCAUCAAUGGUCGCCUCCCUGCUGAGACAAGGCCCCGUGCAAUUGUGAAGACUAUUCUUUUCCAAUUGUUUGAGAAACGAAUCGGAAACAUUCAGCUCUUCCAAAUUCUAUGGGAUGCGCUUGAGCGCAGCAAGAAGGCUCCGAAUGAUAACGACUAUGACAAUAUUCUCUGGAACGCAUUGGAGCACGCGCUCGCUGCUGCCUUGAAGGGUGCCAAGGAGCUCGUCAUUGUCAUCGACGGUAUUGACGAAGCUGCGUGUGAUGAGGCUGUCCUCCUGCAGAAGCUGACAAACGCUACCGCCAAGGCCACAAACGUGAAGCUGAUUACUCUGGGGGCCCAGCAUCCCCCUAACCUUCCCGAUCUGCACCACCAUCACAUCAUCGAUGAUGGCAUCUAUGAGGAUAUCUGCGCCGUUGUGCGUGGCCAGUUCAAGAAGUCAAAUGCCUACGAUGGCCUUGAUGAAAUGGGGCAGUCCCUUCUGGUUAGCCAAAUUACCAGUGCUUCAAAGGGCUCAUUCCUCUGGGCCAAGCUUGCCAGUAAGCGCGUUCGCGAUGUGGACAAUGCGGAUAACCUGCGCAAGGCCGUUGAUGCGCUUGUGAACGCGAAGCCAAGCAUUACCGACUUGGUCUUGCAGAUCUUGAACGAGUUGCCGCAGUCGCAAACUCGGGAAGAUGCUAAGCUGAUGUUGCUGUGGCUUGCCACAGCCAAUCGCCCCCUCUCGGUCAAGGAGCUCAAGGCUCUUGCUUCCAUUCAGCCCGAGAAGCAGACCAUUACCGAAUAUGCUGAGGAGCCUCGCCGAAUCCUUCAGCCAGUAAACUCCCUGGUGUUCCUGCAAGAGGACCAGGUCCUACUGCGCCAUAGCCUCAUUCGCGCUGCUAUCUUGGACAUAUUUUCCAAAGGCAAAUUGGUACCGGCUAUCAAAGAUCGCCAUGCUGAUCUUGUCACCAGACUCUUGGUCUAUAUUAAGGCUACUGUUACCCAGCCGCAUGAGCCUUCCCUUACACCCCUUGACUGGCAUGACGUCAAUCCUCUCAUCAACAAGCACCCACUGCUUGAGUUUUCGAUCCGUUAUUGGAUCACGCAUUUCAGGCAAACGAAUGUCUUUGUCAAUAAUGGUGAAGUUCCUGCUGCCAAGGAAUUCGCAAAGCUGUUCCCGUCUUCCAUCACGGUAUUCCUCUUACAGAAUACACUGUGGGAGAACCGACCAACUCCAGAAUUGUUGGCAUUCACGACUACCGUUACCAACGUCUGCCGCCAGGUCCUGACCAAUAAUCAUGUGGUGACUUUACAGUUGAUAAUCACACUGGCAUUUCUGUACCGCCAGCUCGAUUAUAACCCCGAAGCUAUUCCUCUUUUCUAUGAGGCAACUAUGAUUAGUCGCAAUUUGCUCACCAUUCGCCACCUGGUUACUAUGAAAAUGGCUGCCACCUUCCUUGAAAUCACAACUGAAAGAGUCACUAGUACCAAGACAGAGAUCAUGACCAAGAGGGAGGAGAUACUUCUAGUUCUGGUCGAGUGCUACAAGCACCACUACGACAGCACCCACGAGAAUGUGAUCAACACUUUGAAGCAGCUUGUCGAGCACUACAGGCUGAUAAAGGAAGACAAGAAGGCCGAAGAGAUUACCGUUACCAUUCAGAAAUUCAGUGGUGAGUACAGUCAAGGUCGUGACACCUAUGGAAACCUGAAUGUGCACCUGAAGGGUGGUAAUGUGGUCACUGCUGGAGGUAGCACCACUCUCCUGCUAGACAUUGAGGAGCAUGAUCAGUUGAUUGAAGUUGAGGCUUGGAGCUUCGAAGCAGUGAUUAAGCAGGCCGAGAGGUACGUUGCAGAGGGCAAUAUUGAGUUGGCCGAACGUACCUAUGUCGAAAUCUGGCAACGCCUGAGCCGGGAGUCCCGCGUUCAGUAUUCCGCCCAGGUUGAAGAGCGUAAGAUUCAAUCGGUUCUUGCCUACACCCAGUUCCUGAAGACACAAAAGAGAGAAUAUGAGGCCUCGUCCAUUCUCUCCAGUGUCUGGCAAGAGUACGAGCAGACAACUAUGGCAUUGUCGGAGACCUCAGUCUUCCACCUCCAGGAGAUGGCCAAGGUGAUGAAGACUGUUGGCCUAGCCACUCUUGCUCUGACUGUGUUCAAGCACUGCUCGCACUAUUAUCAAAGCACCAACCGUACCCAGUCUUCGACCUACCAGGAGAUUCAGCAGAGCAUUCAUACAACCUCAAAGGAGGUUAUGCAGUCUUUCAGCUCUUCUUCCACCACAGUAACCUCCGAGACCACCCUUGAGGAAAUGGUUUAUGAGGCAUCCGCCUCAAUCACGACCGUCGACCAGACUUCCUUCAGUGCGACACAGACCUUAGUCAGCUUGUAUGUUGAGCAGCGGCGCUGGCAGGAUGCUACUCGCGUCAUCAAGAAGGUCUUGCACGGUGUCUGGUCUUCUCUGUUCGCUCCUUCCUUGCAAGAUGUUACCCUUCCUGCCAAACAUGUGGAACACUGCAUUGAGCUGGCUGAGCGACUUAGCCACUGCUACCACUCUCGCCGUCGCUUGACCAAGGAAGAAGAUAUCCGUGUUCGCAUCUACCGCGCUGUUCGCUCGGGUCGCAGUGUUGAUGAUAAACUGCGAGAGCGCAUCACCAAUGAGCUGCUCCGCCUGUUUGAGCGCACUUCGCAGACCGACAAGAUCAUCAACCUUCGUCAAGAGACGCUGAAUGAUUAUACCAAGCACUACGGUCCUGAGAACCCGCUGGUGGUGAAGAUUCUCUGGACCUUGGCUGAGCUGACUCGCCCCCGGCCUGUGUUCGUUGAUUACUAUCAGCAGAUCAUCCGUAUCCUGAACAAAGACUCUCCUAUUUCCCACCCCGAGGCCUUUGAGCCUCUUGUCAUCGUUGCCACUGAACUAUGGAAGCAAGGUCGCUAUUCAGAUGCUCUGCAUCACUACCAGAUCAUCUUCACCACGUUCCUGAGUGAGCCCAAGCAGAACCCCAAGUUUCAGGACCAGACCUUUGUGCAUGAGUUCUUUGAGCGCUACACCCACUGCCUGCGCAGCGUUCGUACCGAGUUCAGUGUACUUCACCAGGUAACAGUUGAUUAUCAGACCAAGUGCAAGGCUGUGUUCAGCGCUACAGCUUCGAUUACUCUCAAAGCUACUUUGACGCUGGCCAAAUUGUGCCAGGAGUCAAAGCGCUAUGAACUUGAGGCUAUUAGCUUGUAUGAGGAGCUUCUGAAGACCAAGUCUGAGGAAAUUGACCUUCAGGAGAUUUCUUCAACUUUGGAUGCGAUUUACGAGGAACAGGCUGCCAUUGUCACUUCGACCAAGACUGAGUCUUUCUCGUCUACUCAGGUUGAGCGUGCCGUCAAGGUUCUGAGGAAGCGGAUUAGCACUGUUCGUGAGACCCACGGCUGGGCCCACGAAGAAUCCCUGACCAAAAUGGAAGAGAUGAUCAAGUUUCAUGCUCAGCGCAAUGAGACUCAAACUGUGGUACAGGAGCUCAAGGAGGCGACCGUGCAGAUCUUGUCUUCCGAGACUUCGUCCACUCGCCUAAUUGCGGCUGCCACGACCAUCGCAUCUAGCUACAUCGCGACGAACCAGAUCCAAAAAGCCACCGAGCUGACCCAGGAGAUCUAUCGCCAAAUCGUGAUGAAGGACACCAGUAACUCCAAGUCUGUCCAGUUUGAUUUGUCCUCAAAAGAGCGCCAGAGCUUGACUUUCUUGGCUCAGCUGGAGUACAGCCUUCGCCGUAGCUCGUCGACCACUAUCACUGAGAUUCUUGCUGCCUUGACCACCGAGUAUGUCUACUUCGAGGAAUUCAGAAAGGAGAUCAAGUCCAAGAGCAGCUUCCACAGUGUCUCCGUCUCAGCGGCUCGUCUCUACCAGUUCCUUAUAGCCCAUGAGCGCCAUACUGCUGCGGCUCGUGUUUUCGAUGAUUUUGUCGCGUACUUCAUCAACACCGAGGGCAAGCGGGCGCAACUGACUGAGAUUUCCCAAGUCAAGAUCUUCGUGCUCUCUAUUUUGGACCACUUCAGCACCCAUCAGUCUGAGAACUUCGUCCGGUCUGUGGGAAUCACUAGCAAUGACCAUGUUGUUGAGCUGCUGAAGAACCAGCGGUGGGAGACUGCCAGUGACCUUGCUCUUGCUGCCUACAAGUAUAUCAUCGCUGACGCUAGCUAUCAUACCCCUGAGAUUGUCAAGUUCGUUUUCACUCUGGGUCUGAACAUUGGUGGCCGUGAUCUCGUGACCCGCCCUGACGAAGCUGCUCGGAAGAAGUUGCUUCAGGUCUCUGGAACAAUUAUCCAGGAUGCCCUCCGCGUCAUUACCAGCUUGAAGAUCAACUUGGCUGGCGUCAGCCUUGUUCACCUGAACAAGCUGAUUGGCCUUCUCGGGGAGCAGCAGGACUACCGUACCCUGGCCUGGCUCUUGACUAUUCUGUGGAACAGUCGUGAGGCCCAGCGUAACUGGCCUACUUCCAUUACUCUCGCCCUGGGACGCCGCUUCAUCAUGGCCCGCUACUUGAUCGGUGACUACUCCGCUGCCCUCCGCCUGGCAGAGGACAUUGUUUACAACUGCCGCCGUGUGCACGGACCUCGGCACCUGAGUACCCUCGAGAUGUCCAUACUGCUGUCCCAGCUGUACACUGGCAAUGCCCAGCGCUACCAGGCCGAGAAGAAUGGUCAAGAGAUUGCCAACCGAUUCUACAAGAAGAGCGCUGCCGUGCACGAAAACAUUCUCCGUGUGUUUAGUGACCCUGAUUAUGCCGAACUGGAAGGAAACGAUAGCAAUGGAAGCUUUGACGGUUCAGCCUAUGGGGAGGUAGACGGAAUUGAGGAGCACAACGGGACUUUGGGUGGUGGCGAGCACGUCCGCCAGCACUUGCACCUUCUCAAGCUCUCCGUUGAGCGCCUUGGUGACUGGCCCAAGGACUACACCGAAUACGAGAAAUUGAACGCGGACGUCUUCAGAGUGUACAAUGAGUACUUGGUCGGGGUCGAGGGCGUUGAAAAGUGGAAUCUGAAAAACUUUGGCGGGGGCAAGGCUGAAAGCAACGAGGAUGCGUUGGACUUGAAGUUCAAGUCCUGGGAGCUUGUUGAUACCCAACAUCAUGCGGAGAUUGAGGAGGAAUUGUGA